CCCCUGCCCCCCACCCCGCACAAGUCCGUCACCUUCUGCAAGCACGAGCGGGACAGGCGGGACAAGCGGGACAAGCGGGAAACACGGGACAAGCGGGACAGACCGGACAAGCGGGAUAAACGGGACAAACGCGACUCCCCCACCUACCAUUCUGACCCUGGACAGGACAAACCGCAAAUUACCAAGAGAGUACCGAAAAGAGACACGGAUGACGUCAAAUACUAUUCCGAACCGGACUGCAAAUACUUCGAAAUUGAUUACGAAUUCCUCAAAGAGUUACGACAGAUUGCCAGAAAUAAUUGCCCUAAAUGUCGUAGGAGGAGAACUAAAAAGGAUAGCAGCAGACAUAAAGAGAAGAGACAGAAGGAAAGAAGAAGAGAAACAUACGUUCUGUGCAAUGGAAGAUACCACAGUGACAGACAACACUGCAGGUUUUGCUGCAAGAUCUGCAACCGAUCGACCGACACGCUAGACUCAAUGGAAGACGAAUAUUCCUUCGUCUCGAAAAGCUACAGUUUUCCAUCGAGUUCUCGAUUGAGAGUUAAAGAGAGAAAGAACUCGAUACAAUCGAAUAAAUCGGUGUCCUUUUUGGAAUCGAGUAACGAGAGCUCGUUGAAAGAUGAGCCGAAUUAUACAGCGAAGAGUUUUACGAAUGAUUUGAAGAAGUUUCUCUUGAAGCCGUCGUCGCCUCGACUCAGUUUGCGAGAGAAAUUCAUGAUUAGUUUCAAGCAAGAGCUAGAGGCGACAAAACGGUCUCCUAAGUUGAAAGCUAUUAAGGGCUUGUGGAAGUCGUAUUGAGUUUGGUAUUUUUUUAUAUAAUCGGGGAAUGAUUCGGUUUUUUUUAAGUAAUUUUUCUACAAUCAAAAGGAAUUAUUUCUUAAUUAUAUUUAAAAAACAAAUACAGUGAGUGUAUCGUAGUUUUGUGUAUUGUAAACGCAUGUUUUUACGUAACGGGUUCGUUCAUUCGGGAUAUUUCUAUUCAUAAAGAAAAAAAAAAUAAGAACUUAACUAAAUAGUGACGCUAUUUUUUUUUUAAUAAAUCUAACAAGAUUACGAUACGCUACUCUGAAUUAAAAGUUCCAUCUAAAAUUAUCUACAAAUGGACAUUAUUUAAGUGGUUCUAACAUUGUGAUUAUUUAUUCUAUUUAAUUAUUUAAAUACUAUUUUUAUCUUUUUAUAUUUCCGUGAAAGUCAGGUCAAAUAUAAAUACUUGACUCUUUAGCAAAAGAACUAUGAUAUAUUAGAUAUGUUUUAAAAUUACUCGAAAUUUUUAAGCUAUAUU